AUGCGGACCGGACAGAGAGACCACACGUAUUCACCCCUCUCGUGGGCAGACAGUGGGCGCUCCGUCCUUAGUCUGAACAUCCGCCACUUGUGGCUGUUCGGACUGUGGCCGCUGCACGAAUUCUGGCCCUUCUACAUGUACACCGCCUGCGGCCUCCUGCUGGGCUUCUGGAAUGCCGUGGAAGGGGCACUGGCCGCGUACUUCUCCUGGGGAGACAUGGACGACACGACGCUGGUGCUGCUCGCGGGCAUCACUCAGGGCUGCGGCGCCCUCAAAAUGGUCGUCUUCCUGUACACCAGGCGCCACUUCAGCGCGCUGGUGCGCCGGCUGGACGCCCUCUUGUCGUUGCAGAGCGAGGUCUGCGGCGGCGGCUCUGUGCCGGCGGCCAUCCUGCGCGCCUCCCGGAGGCGGGCGCACCAAGCCACGCUGGGCACCCUGCUCCUCAUGCUGUCGCAGUGCUUCGUGUGGUUCCCCACACCGCUGGUGGCGCACACGGAAGAGCGCCGGCUGCCGUUCGCGCAGCACCCCUGGGACGGCAACAGACACCACUACGCGCUGUCCUACUUCGCCCAGUGCGCGGCCGGCUUGCUCAUGACGCAGAUCAGCUUCGGCGUCGACUGCCUCUUCGCGUCGGCCAUGAUCCUUGUGGCUGCCCAGCUAGAGAUCCUAGCCUAUCCCGUGUAA